AUGUGGUCGCUGCUGGAGUCACCGCUUACAGGCAACAUUCGGACAGGCCAAUUGGCGGUGCUGGCUUCAAUCUCAGUUCUGGUUGUCAUAGCUUUGUUCAAUGCCCUGCUCGCCAAAGGCACUGGAGCCCACAAGCUGCCUGACCUGCCGAUCGCUUUGCAGGAAGAACUGCCGAAUGAAAAGGAUCGGAUUGAGCGAUAUGUCAAUGAUACGAGAGAGCUGUUGAUCCACGGGUAUCGAGUCUUCAAGGACCAAGUGUUUGGGAUCAACACUACCGAAGGGACCAAUAUUGUUCUUCCGCUGAAGUAUCUGGAUGAUCUGAAAGGUCAAAGGACUUUGACGUUCGGUGCUUUCCUCGAGGAACAGUUUACCCUUAAGGAAUAUACCAAACUAGGAAACCUUACAGAGGCACAGAUCCAGGUCUACAUCAGAGACUUCAAUCCACUGCUGCCACAAUAUAUACCAACUAUACAUCGCUGGAUUUGUGAAUAUUUUCCCAUAGGAGAAUGUGAAUCUUGGACUACUACCAAGCCCUAUGUGCCCCUAAAUAGACUAGUCUCGAGGAUUUGUGCGAGAAUGUUUCUCGGUGAGGCUGCUGCUCGGGACGAUCGCUGGCUCGAUGUCGCUGCCGUCUAUAUCAAAACUGUGGAGCACUGGAUCACCAACUUGAAGAAAUGGCCAAAAUCACUUCGUCCGCUGGUGUGGCGAUUUGUCGACGGUCGAAGACAAGCAUGGCAACAGUUCGAAGAGGGUAGAAUGAUCGUGUCGGAAUCGCUGCGAAAGAAGAAGGCAAAUGGUAACAAACCUCUGAACGAUCCGCCGUCGCUGAUGGACUGCCUCACAUCGGGCCAAUACUCCGACUCCAUCAACGAUACCGAGUACCACACUAUUGCCCAGAUGAAUCUGUGUGUGGCGGCAAUCCAGGCUCAGGCUGCAACUGUGAUGCAGUGUUUGAUCGACGCGUCCGGAUAUCCCGAAUACAUCCCCGAGCUCCGUGAAGAAAUUGAGCAAACUCUGCAGUCGUCUGGUGGUGUUUGGACGAAGCAGGCCCUGGAUCGACUCUUGAAGCUCGACAGCUUUUUGAAAGAGACUCAACGUCUCAAUUCGCCUGACUUGACAUCUUAUCAAAGACGAGUAAUGCAACCUCUCACACUUUCAAACGGGAUGCGCAUCCCCAGGGGUGCCACGCUUGUCAUUCCCACCGGAGCUAUCAACAUGGACGGCCAAUACUUUGAGUCUCCAGAACAGUUCGAUGGGUUCCGAUUCUACAGAAAGCGAUUGGAGAGUGAAGACAACGCAAAGAAACACCAGUUGGUCACGGUGGGCAAGUACGAUCUGGCCUGGGGCUACGGCCGACACGCCUGUCCGGGGAGAUUUAUGGCCGAUAUUGUAAUGAAGCUCAUCAUGAUUGAAUUCUUGACGAGGUACGAUGUCAAGUACCCGACCAGCCAGGCCAGGCCUGAGAACGUCAUCUACGAAGGAAUUCUUGCACCGGAUCCGGAAUGGGAGCUGUCUUUCAAAAAGAGAUGUUAG